UACAACCAAAUGACUUUAAAAAUGGCAGCAUCUUCAACACCAACCCCUAAAUCAUCCCUUACUCAUUCUUUAUCUUUUCAUCCAAAAUGUAUCAUACUUAUUAAAACAUCAAAUAUCAGAUUCUUGCGUGCCCCAAAAUAAACCCAUAAUCAAAUUCUUCUUAUUUGAUUAUGAUUAUAAUAUAAUUACGGGGACAAAGAACACACAACACACAGUGACCCUGAAACUCUGUAUUUUUACAUGAAGCAGCAGAGUCUAACUGUAAACCUUAACCGACAACCUGGGAAAACACGACGGAUUAUUCGAUUGUUUCCAUGAAAUCACAACGGCUCUUAGGAUGACCGACAACGCUUACCGUGUUGACACCACUUCCCGCCUUGCUCAAUGGCGGAUUGACAAUUUGGCUUCUUGUACUUACCGGAAAUCUGAUCCUUUCAAGAUCGGAAGAUGGAAUUGGAGAUUGAUUCUGGAGAAGAAUCGUAAUUUGUUUAUAAAGUUGUUCCCGGAGAUGUCAAGUGUAAAUAAAGAUAGUCCUCCAAUUGCUUCUUUUAUCAUUCGGGUUGUUUCUUCGUUGGGAGGGCGUAAGGCCUUGGUUCAUCCAGAAAUUAGAGAUAAGCAGUUGAAAAGCAGUGAGGAUUUCGUUUGGGCGCUUGAGGUUCCGCUUACAGGAAAAUUCAUCAUUGAACUUGAAUUUCUUGAUCUUAAGGCUGCAUCUCCAAAUGGGGGUGAAGCUUCUUCUGUAUUUACCGAAGGAUUUACGCAGAAAGAGUUAAGCGCAACAGCGCUUUCCUCCCUUGGAAAAAUGUUAUCAGAAAGUAUUCACACCGAUAUCAUCAUCAACGCUUCUGACGGAAGCAUAGGGGCCCACCGGGCCGUCCUUGCCGCCAGGUCACCGGUCUUCCGGAGCAUGUUUUCCCACGACUUAAAAGAAAAAGAAAUGUCUGUCAUAAACAUAUCCGACAUGUCCAUUGAAGCCUGCCAAGUUUUCUUAAGCUACAUAUACGGUAACAUCAUAGAUCAAGAUUUUCUUGAUCACAGACUCGACCUUCUUAGAGCCGCUGAUAAAUACGAUGUUACGGAUUUAAAAGAAGCAUGUCAUGAAAGUUUAUUACAAGAUAUCGAUACGAAUAACGUGCUUGAAAGGCUUCAAAAUGCUUCUCUAUAUCAUCUCCCAAAGUUAAAGAUUUGUUGCAUGCAAUAUCUUGUGAAGUUCGGUAAGAUAUACGACAUUCUAGACGAUUUCAAUGCGUUUAUACAGUCUGCAGACAUGGAAUUGGUAGGUGAAGUGUUCAAUGAAGUUCUUUCUGUGUGGAAAGGUUUCUGAGUAAUUUGCUCAACCUGGAAAUAUAUAUAUAUAUAUAUAUAUACACACACACAUGUAACAUUAUUAUUAAGUUAGUUAAUGCAUAUGUUGAUUUAUAGUACUGCUUGUGCCAAGAAUUGUUGUACAUAAUUUGUCAACAUUUAAACUGGAUUACACGGCCGAAUUGAAGUCCGUUUAUGUACAUGUACAAAAUUGUUUGUUUAAUGUAAACUGUAAAGAAUCUACUUGAAUUGUGUUUUA